AUGGAUCAAUUGAAUAAGCCUAAUGAGUUCAAAAGAAUCGUGUCACCACUGAAGUACCAGACGAGGUGUGUUACUGCCUUCCCUGAUCAGCAAGGAUUUUUGUGCGAGUUGGUUGGUGUUCAUCAUCUGGAUGAUUCUCAGCAGAACAAGAACUUCACAUUCAAAUGUCACAGAGAUGGGAAUGAGAUCUAUUCUAUCAAUGCUCUCAACUUCCACCCGUUAUUAGGGUUUUUUUCUUUGUUUUGUGUUUCACUGAAUCAUGCAGAGACAGCUCAUCCUCAACGCAGUGGUAUUGGCUCUACCAUAGCUGAUGGUAUGACUUGGGGUGCUGGAAACGCAAUUGGACACAGGGUUGUGGAUGCUGUGAUGGGACCAAGAACCAUUAAGCAUGAAACCGUUGUUUCUGAGGCUGCUGCCCCUGCUUCUGCGCCCCAUGUUGCCAACAGCAUGGGCUCUGCUUCUUGUAACAGUCAGUCCAAGGCUUUCCAGGAAGUAAGUUUAAAACCCCCCUUUGCUUUAUCGGCAGCUACAUAACUUUCAUGUUGUUGUUGUAGUCUUAUCAAGUUUGUUGCAGCAGGGUUACCAUACACUAUAAAGUUAAUUUCAGUUCAUUGGUUCACAGAUUCUAAAGGAUUGAGUUCCUUUCUUUUACAAUUUCGACACAGUAUAAUGUCACAAAACUCUCAUCUAUGAUCUUUCUCUGUCUC